UGGUAUUCAGGAAGGGCGGUUGCGCCGGCGGCGUGACGGGGGGCGUAUGGGUGCGUGGGGAGCCUACGCCGGCGGCGUAGUGCUGUGGCUGGCUGGCCGCUGCCCGCGGAGUGCUGAGGGGAGGCGAGAGGCGGCGUGAGGAGAAGCCGGGCCGGGGGCGCCGCCAUGGGGAGGCGGCCGCGGGGCAGCGGCAGCGCGGCCCAGCGCUGAGGGCCCGUGGAGGCCACAGAUCUCUUUAUGGCACAGAGUGGAAAACCUGACCAGUGGCUGACACCGCACAGAGAGCUGGGAGCGCGAGGAGCCGUGCUGGGAGAAGCCUCCUCACAGGAUGUCCUCUCCACCAAAGAACUCUCUGUAACGGACGACGAUGACAAUCCCGGCGGGACCUUGGGAAGCACUAACAUUUCAGUAGCCCAGCACCCAUUGUGGGUGGCCAUUUCUCCCUCCCUUCUCCAAAGCCCACCCUCCUCCUCCUCCUCCUCCUCCUCCUCACCGUGAUGAUCUAUUGAUCAAGGAGAGCCCUGCUUCGUUUCGCUCCUCGCCCCCCGUGACUUCCGGCAGCUCUUGGGAUUUGUAUGGCAGCAGCGUAACCGUGGAGAGGCCAGGGUAUCACAAACUUAUGGAUUUUGAUAAGAGAGGAGGGAAAGGGGAGCUGGAGGAAGGCAAAAGGAUGUCCAAGACGGGUGGAGGAAGGAGCAGUCAUGGAAGUCGAAGCGCUGGAACCAACUCAGGAGUCUUAAUGGUUGGUCCUAACUUCCGGGUCGGCAAGAAGAUCGGCUGCGGCAACUUCGGGGAGCUGCGGCUAGGGAAGAACCUCUACACCAACGAGUACGUAGCUAUCAAAUUGGAACCCAUCAAGUCCCGGGCCCCGCAGCUGCACCUGGAGUACCGCUUCUACAAACAGCUCGGCAAUGCAGAAGGAAUUCCUCAGGUUUACUACUUUGGCCCCUGUGGGAAGUACAAUGCCAUGGUGUUGGAGCUGCUGGGCCCCAGCCUAGAAGACCUCUUUGAUCUGUGUGAUCGAACCUUCACGCUCAAGACCGUCCUGAUGAUCGCAAUCCAGCUGAUCACCAGGAUGGAGUAUGUCCACACCAAAAGCCUCAUCUACAGGGACGUGAAGCCGGAGAACUUCCUGGUGGGGCGGCCGGGCAGCAAGCGGCAGCACACCAUCCACAUCAUCGACUUCGGCCUGGCCAAGGAGUACAUCGACCCCGAGACCAAAAAACACAUCCCCUACCGAGAGCACAAGAGCCUGACAGGGACAGCUCGCUACAUGAGCAUCAACACACACCUGGGCAAAGAACAAAGCCGCAGGGAUGACCUGGAAGCACUUGGGCACAUGUUUAUGUACUUCCUCCGUGGGAGCCUCCCUUGGCAAGGCCUCAAGGCCGACACGCUCAAGGAGAGGUACCAGAAGAUCGGCGACACCAAAAGAGCCACUCCGGUGGAGGUGCUCUGUGAGAACUUCCCAGAGGAGAUGGCCACCUACCUGCGCUACGUGCGGCGCUUGGACUUCUUCGAGAAGCCUGACUACGACUACCUGCGGAAGCUCUUCACAGACCUGUUCGAGAGGAACGGUUAUGUCUUCGACUACGAAUACGACUGGGCAGGGAAACCCCUGCCCACCCCCAUCGGCACGAUGCACAGCGAGGUGCAGGUGCAGCCCCCGAACAGAGACAAAGCACAGCCACACACCAAACACCAGCCGCCCGAGGGGACGGAGGUGUGGGAGCCUCAGGCCGGUGUGCAGCCUGCCGAGGAGCCUUUGGGAGCUCAGCUGGCAGCCGGCAGGCUCGGGGGGUCCGUGCAGGUGAUGAGCUCCACCAACGGAGAGCUGAACACGGAUGACCCCACGGCAGGACACUCGAAUGCCCCCAUCACAGCCCCCACCGAGGUGGAGGUGACAGACGAUACAAAGUGCUGCUGUUUCUUCAAGAGAAGGAAGAGGAAAACCACCAAGCGUCGCAAGUGAGCCGCGGGGCCGGGCGGAGCGGCGUGCGGAGGCUGCUCUCUCCCUCCGGCCGCGGCCGGAUCUUCCCCCGCGGAGCCGGCGGCGGCGGCGGCGGCGGCGGCGGCGGCCCCGGGGUUUGUGCGGGGCCGGGGGAGGGGGGUGCCGAGCCGGACGGGCUCCCCCCCGAGCGCCCCAGGCGCAGGCGGGGAGCGGGGACUCCCCAAAACUGCUUUGUC